AUGCCACCCAAGAAUAAGGAAUAUUAUGCCAUUCUUUCUGGACGACUUGAUGAACCCACAAUAUUUUCAUCAUGGGGCGAUGCCCACCCUCGCAUGACUGGAUGCGAUUCGCGAAACAAGAGCUUCUACACUCUCCAAGAAGCACAGUCUUUUAUGGAGGAGAACGGGGUAAAUCGGCCUACACUGGUAAUCAAGGAUGGGGCCGGAAAGACAACGCCAUUACGAGGUGAUAAAGCCUUCUACGCAGUCGCCAAUGGCAGUAACCCGGGUAUCUAUCCCUACUAUUAUGGGAAAACAGAGCCAAAGGUCAAAGAAUACUCAGGUGCUUGCUAUAAGCACUUCAGGACACGUGCCCAGGCAGAAGCAUUUAUCGAAGAUUGGAAAAACGCCUAUGCCGAUGUUUGCCGGAGAGAAAUAAAGGCGGAAUUAGAUCGAGGCUUCAGACCACCUGAUAUGAAGCUUAAUCUCGAUAUCUUGCGAGAACUCCUAUAUAUGACAUAA